AUGCUAAAAGUAAAUGUAAUUUUUUCGGCAAAUUUUAUUAAACCGCACUCUGGUGAAACAGACGUUAAAACAUUCUCCACAAAAAAUCAGCACAUUGAUGCAUAUACAGAUUUAAAGCAAUGGUACGAAGAGAACGUUGUUGAUAAGAUAAUGAAGAAAUUAGAAGAAUUUGCGGAAAAGGACUCCGGUUGGGCGUUAUUUCGUUUGUAUCGAGGUAAAGAUUGCAUCCAAUGGUUUGUUCAAGAGUUAAAUCAAUUGUCUCAUUUUUGUAACAACAAAUUUCAAAACAUUAUAUCUAUGGAAAAAUUAACUACACAAGAACAAAAUAACGUUAAAGUGCGCGAUCAUAAUCACUUAACUGGAAUGUAUAGGGGCGCUGCACAUCAGAAUUGUAAUUUAAAUUAUAAAGAUAUUUGUGUUAUACCUGUGGUGUUUCAUAAUAUGAGUGGAUAUGACGCACAUUUUUUUAUUAAAGAACUUUCAAAUUCAAUAAAAGGUGACAUUAAAUUGCUUCCCAUCAAUAAAGAAAGAUUUAUGCCCUACAGUUUAGACAAGCUUUCUUCCAAUUUAGAUAAUUCACAAAAAAUUAUUACUCAGACAAAUUGUAAUAAUAUGGAAGAAUUUUAUUUGUUAAACAGAAAAGGAGUGUUUCCUUAUGAUUAUAUAAAUUCCUGGGAGAAACUCCUUGAAACAAAACUACCCGAAAAAAAGGAAUUUUAUAGCCGCUUAUACGAACAAGAUGUUAAAGAUGAAGAUUAUUCUCACGCUAUCAAAGUUUGGAAUACUUUCAAUAUUCGUACAUUAGGAGAAUAUUCCGAUUUAUAUUUAAAAACAGAUGUGCUUCUUCUAGCCGACGUAUUCGAAGCAUUUCGAACUACGUGUUUAAAUACUUAUCAACUUGAUCCCUUACAUUAUUAUACUGCACCAGGUUUAACAUUUGAUGCCAUGUUAAAAACGACAAAAAUUAAACUAGAACUCUUAACGGACAUAGAUAAAGUCCUUUUUGUGGAGAGAGGUAUUAGAGGUGGAGUUUCCCAAUGUUCUAAUAGAUACGGUAAAGCCAAUAAUAAGUACAUGAAUAAAGACGAAUAUGAUCCUUCACAAGAUAGUACCUAUUUAAUGUAUUUUGAUGUUAAUAACCUUUACGGAGCGGCAAUGUCUCAAUGUUUACCGUAUGGGAAAUUUGAAUUUGUAGAAAAUUUCAAUAUUUCAGAUAUCUUAGAUACUUCUGAUAAUUCCACAACUGGUUAUAUUAUUGAAUGCGAUUUGGAUUAUCCAGUAGAUUUGCAUGAAAUACAUAGCGAUUUACCUUUAGCUCCAGAGCACAUGAUACCUCCCAUUUCAAGAUCUAAACUUAAAAAGUUGUUAUUGACUUUAUAUCCUAAGAAAAAUUAUGUUAUACAUUAUAGGAAUUUAAAAAUGUAUAUAAAAUUUGGUAUGAAAAUAAAAUGUGUACAUCGUGUUCUUAAAUUCGAACAGUCUGCGUGGUUAAAGGAAUAUAUAGAUUUAAAUACAAGGCUUAGACAGCAAGCGAAGAACGAUUUUGAAAAAGAUUUUUUUAAAUUAAUGAUUAACGCUAUUUAUGGUAAAUGCAUGGAAAAUGUUCGAAAACAUAGGGAUAUUCGAUUGGUCAGUAAAUGGGAGGGACGAUGGGGAGUUCGUUCUCUUAUUUCUAAACCAAAUUUUCACAGUUCCGUUGUAUUUGAUGAUGAUUCAGCUAUCAUCGAAAUGAGUAAAUUAGAGGUGUUUUUAAAUAAACCAAUUUAUGUCGGUUUUUGUAUUUUAGAUAUUUCUAAAACUUUUCUCUAUGAAUUCCACUAUGGUUAUAUUAAGGAAACAUUUAACAAUAAUGCAAAGUUGCUUUACACCGACACUGACAGUCUAAUUUACGAAUUUCAUGUAGGUGAUAUAUACGAAUAUAUUAAGAAAGAUUCUCAUCGGUUUGAUACUUCAGACUAUGAUUUGUAUAAUGUUUAUGGUAUAGAACAAAAAAAUAAAAAAGUGCCAGGUUUGAUGAAAGAUGAAAAUAACGGUAAGAUUAUGUUAGAAUUUGUGGGUCUCAGAUCGAAAAUGUAUGCAUAUAGAGUUGCAAAGGAUGAUUUUAAUAAAAAGGUAGUUAAGAAAUCCAAAGGUAGUACGAAAGCUUCACUUAAAACAAUAACAUUCGAAAAUUAUAAAGAAUGCUUAUUUAAUAGCCGAAAUUACGAAAAGUCCCAAAAUCUCAUCAAAUCAAAACAUCAUAUUGUUUACACAAUAAAACAGGAGAAAAUAGUUCUCAGCCAUAAUGAUGAUAAGAGAAUUGUUACAAGAUUUGCAACGGAUACGCGACCUUGGGGAUAUCAUAUUUCGCCACCAGAAAUGUGA